AUGUUAGCAAAAGACAAUGAAUUUCAAUAUUGGGCACCAUCAUUAUUUCUUGCCGUUGAUGAUAAAAAUAAAAAGUGUUCCAAUCAAAUAGAAUAUCGAGGAUUAGUCGAUCAGAGACCAUAUAGUUUGAUUAUUCUAAAUCAGCCAAUAUCGAUUGGGAUAUUGGAUCUUUUAUUCUUAAAUGAAAAAAUCGAAGCUAUCUUAAGGAUAUGUGCAGAUGGAGGCGCGAAUCGGUUGUACGAUGUUGUUAAGGGGACUGAAAACGAGACCAGGUAUAUCCCUAAUUAUAUAUGCGGAGAUAUAGAUUCUUUGCGCCCUGAUGUGGCAGAAUAUUAUAAAUCAAAGGGCACAGAGAUCAAAGGAAAUCCACAAGAUCAAGAUACAACUGAUUUCCAGAAAUGUAUCGCUUUAUUGUCUCUCAAAGAACAAGAAGCAUCAUUGGAGUACGAUAUCAUAGGAUACGGUGCACUAGGCGGAAGAUUUGAUCAUACAAUGUCCAGUAUCCAUAUUUUACAUCAACAGAUUAAUAAUGACGAUAUUAAAAAGAAGGAACAACAAAAAAGAAUCUAUUUGUUGACUGAUCAUGAUAUUACAAUGCUACUUAGCGAAGGCAAACAUAAUGUUUUUUGCGAUCUUUCAAUUUUGGGACCUACUUGCGGUAUAUUACCUAUUGGCGUAUCACAGGCUGUGAUCACUACGACUGGGUUAAGAUGGAAUCUGACUAAAGCAACCACUUCAUUUGGCAACAUGAUAAGCACAUCAAAUCAAUUCAACGGUGAAAUAGUUACCAUAGAAACAGAUUCUCCCGUUAUUUGGACUGUAGAAUUGAGAAAAUGA